CCGGGGUUUCGUGUUGCCGGAAGUCUAAGAGUGACGUAGAAGGUGUGCGCCCCUCUUCAGAACACGGAGUGGAAAGGCGUCUCUUAAGAUGGGGAAACAAAAGAAAACGAGGAAAUACGCGACCAUGAAGCGAAUGCUUAGUUUACGAGAUGAGAGAUUAAAAGAAAAAGAUCGAUUAAAACCAAAAAAGAAAGAGAAGAAAGAUCCCAGUGCUCUCAAAGAAAGAGAAGUUCCUCAGCACCCAUCCUGCUUGUUCUUCCAAUAUAACACACAGUUGGGACCCCCUUACUACAUCUUGGUUGAUACCAACUUUAUCAACUUCUCCAUCAAAGCCAAGUUGGACUUAGUACAGUCAAUGAUGGAUUGUCUGUAUGCCAAAUGCAUUCCCUGCAUAACUGACUGUGUAAUGGCUGAAAUUGAAAAACUGGGACAGAAGUACCGAGUAGCCCUGAGGAUUGCCAAGGAUCCAAGAUUUGAACGAUUGCCAUGCUCGCACAAAGGAACAUAUGCAGAUGAUUGCUUAGUCCAGAGGGUCACUCAGCACAAGUGUUACAUUGUGGCUACAGUUGAUCGAGACCUUAAGAGAAGAAUCCGGAAGAUCCCUGGAGUUCCCAUCAUGUACAUUUCUAACCAUAGGUAUAACAUCGAGAGAAUGCCAGAUGAUUAUGGAGCCCCUCGAUUGUAAUGUCAAGAGACUGAAUUUCCUGUGAUGCUGGUCUUCAAAGUAUUCAUCAGUUAACAAAGAAACACCAUUCUAGUCCCUUACUUGUCGUAUUGUGUAAAAUGGAGUUACAGAGACACUUUUUUAUCCUAUUCCAAAAUGAUUUUUGUAUCUUAAUGAAAAACUCAUUUAAUUUGUACAUAAAUCAAUUUUGCUUAGA